CUCGCGCUCGAGCAGCGAUGGCGGUCGAGUCGCCCAUUUCAACGAUCGAUGGCCACGGGAAGCGGUCGUCGGUCAUCGUUUGGCGCAUGACGGACGAGCGCGAGUACAUGGAGAAGGACGACGUCGCCGUCGCCUCUGCUCGGCGGCGCCGCCUCCUCGUCGUUGUCGCUGGCCUUGUCCUUGUUGCGAUCGGUGUGACGACGACGCUGAUCGCGACGAGCGGCGCCAAAGAAGCCUCGACAGCGUCAGCGUUUGCACUGACGUCCACCACGAGCCCGGCCCCGGUUAUUCUACCGCAAGACGCCGAUAAGAACACAGAGGCGUUUGUCGCGAUUGUCGGGACACUGCCAUCGACGACGACCGAGCCGCCAAACGAACCGCACCUGAUCGAUUCGAGCACCCAUCGGACACCGACACCGACGGUCAACGCCACGACAACCCCGGUGCCAACAACCGAGACACCGGCGCCAACGACGGUGACACCGGCACCGACAACGAGCACACCGGCACCGACAACAGUGACACCGAAACCCACGACGACGGCACCGCCGCCCGCCCCGGGUGUCGCCAAGAAUGCGAUUCGCGUCCAAAACAACUGCGACAAGGACAUUGAGCUCAUGUACAUUCUGCGCGUUGGCAACAACCACCCGGUUUACUACGAGCAGAUCAAGAAGGGCGGGUACUACGACAUUGACGGCACCCGGUACGACGGCGGCACCCUUCGCGUCGGGCGGUCCGAGAGCGCAACACUCUUUGAGUUUAGCCACGACCUCGGCAAGCACUGGUACGACAUCAGUGUCGUGCCACCGGGGUGCGACGAUGGCCACCACUCGUGGAAGGAGUGCAUGGAGUACAACCACUGGCGCACGGGCUUCAAUGUGCCAAUGAAGGUCGAGGUGCAGUCGUUCACCAACCACGACACGUUUCGCUGCCGCAACCUCGAGUGCCGCCACGAGCAGUGCCCCGAUGCGUUCUUGUACCCGGCCGACAACCUCAAGAAUAUGGACUGCCCGUACGACGAGUCGUUCGUCGUCACAGUGUGCUAAGUCCACCCUCUUUAACCAACAACAAAAAAUCUACCAUUUCCAAGCAC